AUGGGGCUGGCUCAAGCAUCAAUCAUGGGGCUGGCUCAAGCAUGGGGUUGGCUCAAGCAUGGGGCUGGCUCUAGCAUGGAGCUGGCUCAAGCAUGGGGCUGGGUCAAGCAUGGGGCUGGCUCAAGCAUGGGGCUGGCUCUAGCAUGGGGCUGGCUCAAACAUGGGGCUGGCUCAAGCAUCAAGCAUGGGGCUGGCUCUAGCAUGGGGCUGGCUCUAACAUGGGGCUGGCUCAAGCAUGGGGCUGGCUCAAGCAUGGGGCUGGCUCAAGCAUGGGGCUGGCUCAAGCAUGGGCCUGGCUCUAGCAUGGGGCUGGCUCAAGAAUCAAGCAUGGGGCUGGCUCUAGCAUGGGGCUGGCUCAAGCAUGGGGCCCGCAGCCCGCUCAAGCCAUGGGGCUGGCUCAAGCAUGGGGCUGGCUCAAGCAUGGGGUCGACUCAAGCAUUGGGGCUGGCUCAAGCAUGGGGCCCGCUCAAGCGUGGGGCUGGCUCAAGCAUGGGGCUGGCUCUAGCAUGGGGCUGGCUCAAGCAUGGGGCUGGCUCUAGCAUGGGGCUGGCUCAAGCAUCAAGCAUGGGGCUGGCUCUAGCAUGGGGUUGGCUCAAGCAUGGGGCUGGCUCUAGCAUGGGGCUGGCUCAAGCAUCAAGCAUGGGGCUGGCUCAAGCAUCAAGCAUGGGGCUGGCUCAAGCAUGGGGCUGGCUCAAGCAUCAAGCAUGGGGCUGGCUCAAGCAUGGGCAUGGGGCUGGCUCAAGCAUGGGGCUGGCACAAGCAUGGGGCUGGCUCAAGCAUGGGGCUGGCUCAAGCAUGGGGUCGACUCAAGCAUUGGGGCUGGCUCAAGCAUGGGGCUGGCUCAACCAUCAAGCAUGGGGCUGGCUCAAGCAUGAGGCUGGCUCAAGCUUGGGGCUGGCUCUAGCAUGGGGCUGGCUCAAGCAUGGGGCUGGCUCUAGCAUGGGGCUUGCUCAAGCAUCAAGCAUGGGGCUGGCUCUAGCAUGGGGCUGGCUCAAGCAUGGGGCUGGCUCAAGCAUGGGGCUGGCUCAAGCAUGGGGCUGGCUCAAGCAUGGGGCUGGCUCUAGCAUGGGGCUGGCUCAAGCAUGGGCCUGGCUCAAGCAUGGGGCUGGCUCUAGCAUGGGGCUGGCUCAAGCAUGGGGCUGGCUCAAGCUUGGAGCUGGCUCUAGCAUGGGCUUGGCUCAAGCAUGGGCCUGGCUCAAGCAUCAAGCAUGGGGCUGGCUCAAGCAUGGGGUUGGCUCAAGCAUGGGGCUGGCUCAAGCAUGGUGUUGGCUCAAGCAUGGGGCUGGCUCUAGCAUGAAGCUACCUGUGGAGCUGGUUUCGUCCUUCAUUGUGGAGCUGACGGUCUCCAAGAUGGAGCCCGGAUAUCUGCUGCGCUCCUUGUGUUCAGUUCGUGAUGAGAGUGGACGCUUCGGCUUGACAGCGUUCGGCUCAUCGGCGGACCGGAUUCGCAUGCUUGUGGAAGAGCAACGGCAGCUAACCAGGACUCCAUUCACAUCGACUCCAGUGGUAUUAUGGAUCACGGAAGUCUACGUCGACCCUCCCCAAAUUCUGACAACCAAGAGGUCGAGAAUCAUCAAGAUCACGGAUGCUGCUGUUGUUGCUCGAGCCACAAACAUCCCGCUCCCUGUGCUUCCAAACUCCCGCGACGUCGGAAUCGUCAACUCGUGA